CUUGUAUAACUAUAUUGUGCAUGUACUAAAGUAUUUUUAGGUAUGUCAGUACCUAGGUACGUACAUAAUCUUAUCUUAAAUCUGAACGAUAAACUUUAUUAGAAAGUUUAUUUUUCGUCGAAUCUAUUCCUCAACAGCAACGCUCUCCGGAUUUGAUUCCAAAUUAACCCACCUAUCCCUGUUCGAAACUCGAUAACUGCGCGCACAAGAUGAGCUCCAAGAGGAAGUUUUCGGAGUUUACAGCUGACUCUUCUGAACAAGACGGCUCCAACGAGCGCGUUCCAGGGACUCAUGCGCCAAACAAGUUCAACAAUAAGAAGCCGAAAAAGAACAAGGCAAAACCAGAUAACAUAAGUUGGCUCAAGAAGCGAGCGCGAACGAUCGAGAGACGUUUGAAGAUGGGAAAAAGUAUGCCAGCAAAUGUCGAGAUUGAAUUGGAGAGGGAGCUAGCCCAUCACCAACAAAAGAUUGCCGAAACCGUGGAUGAGAAAAAGAGGAAGACUAUGAUAAAGAAGUACCAUAUGGUUCGCUUUUUUGAAAGGAAGAAGGCGGAUCGACUAGCGAAGCAAAUAAAAUCUCAACUGAACACGGCCGAAGACCCCGAAGAGAUCGAGAAGCUCAAGGCGGACCUUCAUAAGGCCGAAAUAGACGGUAUAUAUGCCCGGUAUUUUCCUUACAGAGAACGUUACAUCAGUCUGUAUCCAGUUGGGGAGAAGGCAGAGGAUGGAAGCACAGCAGCAAAGGCUUUACGUGCCGAACGGCCACCGCUAUGGAAGGUUAUAGAAGAGGCAUCGGAAAAGGGAACAUCAGCAUUGGUUGCAAUCAGAGAACGCAAACUAGAGAAGGAUUCGAAGGGCGAAACAACCAAAGAAUCUUCGAAGGGCUCUCUUACGACGAAAGCUAACCAAUCCAAGGCAAAGAACUUGGAUGCGUCCGAUCGUACGAGCGCUCGAAAAAACAAAGGCCAAACCAAGAGAGAUAAAACUUCUGAUUCUCCUGAUUUAAGCGACAAUGAGAGCGAAGGUGGAUUCUUCGAAUAAGGAUGGGAGGAUUAGCAAAAUAGAUUAUGAUACCCAAAUACGAGGUGGCGGUUCAAUAUAGGUUGUUAUAAAAGACGUAUUAUUAGAGGCUCAUCGGAUCGAUACCAUGAGUCCACCUGAUGUGAUAUGGUGUUUAGAAUUAUUCCAUCCAUUAUGGUAUUAUUUUCCUAACACAAUACAAUUAAAUAUUAGCAUUGAGAUUGCUGCUUAUAGGACUUAUUAAAAUAAUAAUAGAAAUCGUUUCGACUUGAAUAAAGUUGAGAGUCUCUUUUUACGGCUUAAAAAUAACUAACUAGCUGAUAAGAUAAGACCAAGCUUAAAUCUAACUUAUUAGUAAGUGACCAUUUGCAUGUGCUUGCGUUUCCCAAACCUAC